AUGUUCACUUUGUGGGCAGCAGUUAUGUGGACUGUGAAUGAUUUCCCAGCAUAUGCAAUGGUUUCUGGGUGGAGCACAAAAGGUUAUAUGACAUGUCCUGUAUGCAAGGAAGAUGUAACUUCUGGUUGGCACGCUGGAAAAGUUUGUUACCUUGGUCAUCGGAUAUGGUUGCCAUGGGACCAUGAGUGGAGGGAAAAAGAUAAAGAGUUAGACGAGAACACAGAGCGUCGUCUUAGACCUAGAGAAUGGUCCGGUGACGAGAUAUUGGACCAGCUUAACCGGUUGGAUUUUGCCCCUUCGGAUGUGAUGCAUGUUGAGAAAAAUGUAUUCGACACAUUGGUGGGCACGAUUCUAGAUAUCGAGGGGAAGACAAAGGACACGAUCAAAGCUCGUCUUGAUUUGGAAAGAAUGGGCAUAGGAAGGGGCUUGUGGAUGAAUAGGGACAAUGAUAAAGCUAGAAGGGAUCUUGCAUUCUUUUCUAUGAAACCGAAUGACAAGAAAGAGUUUCUAAAGUUUGUAUCGUCUGUAAAGUUUCUCGACGAGUAUGCUUCUAAUAUCACACGUUGUGUGAAUGUUGACGGGGGUAAAUUUACUGGACUUAAGAGCCAUGACUGCCAUGUGUUUAUGCAACGCCUACUUCCUGUGGGUAUUCGACACCUAUUGCUGGAAGAUGUAAUGAAGCCAAUCAUUUUGUUGUCUAGAUUUUUUUCCCAAUUGACGGCAAAAACUUUGCGAAAAAUGGACAUGUUUCAAUUGCGCCAUUACAUUGUCCAAGUCCUAUGCAAGUUUGAGAUGAUAUUUCCUCCAGCUUUCUUCACAAGUAUGAUGCACGUGAUGGUUCACUUGCCAGAAGAGGCAUUGCUUGCUGGUCCUGUCAACUAUCGCUGGAUGUAUCCAAUAGAAAGGCUUCUCGGAGAGCUGAAAAAAAGUGUACGCAACAGGGCAAAGCCCGAAGGAUCAAUUAUAGAGGCUUGGGUUCAAUAUGAGUCGCUUACUUUCUACGGAAUGUAUUUAAAAGAUGUGGAGACGGUUUUCAAUCGUCCUCAACGCAAUCAUGACGGAGGUAUGAGAAAUGAAAACUUUCUGUUUUUGCCCAAAGCGCACGACCCUUUGGAGAUCCUGGACGAGGAGAGUCGUUUUCUAGAAACGACAUGGAGGUAG